ACCCAAUAGCCCAUCGUUAUUCAUUGUUCAUUGUUCUCGUCGAAAAGUAAUGACAAAUAUUUGAGUUCCCGCCACUGCUAACAAGUAAACACCUCACCGCUGCCGAAGCUACCUCAUUUUCCUCUCAUUUCUUAAUUUCCUCUCACGCCUCGUCCAUUUGCGACUACUUUUCUCUCUCCUAAAGUUUCUGGUGGUCGAUUCGCACAAGCACUAAAUCGGCGUCGCAAUGGAGGAAACUCAGCGGUGGAGCGUGACGUACACGAAUCACGUUAAGCAGAAGCGGAAAGUCUAUCACGACGGCUUUCUAACGGUUCAAUCAUCUCGCAAUAAGGUCAUGUUGUAUGAUGAAUGGGACAAGCUCUUGGAGACUAGGUUUGUGAAGAAAGAUGAUCUCAUCUUAUCUGGUGAAACGAUCACAUUUGGUUCUUACCUUGUCGAUCUCGGUGAGCUAUGUCAAGGCCAUCAACCUAUAUCUAAUUUGAAUUCUCAAGAUCAGGACAAGAAAGUUGAAACAUCCAGUUCACAUUACAGCUACAAUUCCCAGAAUAGGAAGCCUAUGGUUGGGAAAAGAAAAGGACAAGUAGUUAACAUAAGCCCAUCACAGAAAAUGAUCAGAGAUUUCAAGAAGAGUGAAGUGAAUAAGUUUAGCUCCUCACCAAGUUGUAUGAAUAUGACAAAACUCAGUACAAAAGAAUGGCAGGUCUUGUACACAACACAAAUAACACAAAAGGCAAAGAAAUUUCAUGAUGGCUUUCUACAUCUCAUAAUUCAUGGAUCACAAGGGAGGCAGGUUAAGUUGUAUGACAUUAACAGGAGACACUUAGAUGGCAGAUUUCUGAAAAAGGAUGAAAAAGUUUGUUCUGGUGAAUCACUAGUUUUGGAUGGUCAUUUAGUAGAGAUUGGAGAGCAGGAAGAAGAUCAUAAGCCUCCAACUGACUUAAACAUUCAAGGAAAAGGCUGCAAAGUAACUGGAAAAAGUGAUGUCGUUGAUUACCAAACCAAAAUCCCGACUAUUAAAAAAUUUCCUGCGGGAAAAACACUAGGUGGUACCUCUCAAGGGACAUUUACUAAAUUUAGUGAUUCAAGCUACAAGUCUGAAAAUGCCAAAUUAUGUGGACGAGAUGCUGAGCCUAGUGAUUCAAGCCACAAGUCUGAAAAUGCCAAAUUAUGUGGAGGAGAUGCUGAGCCUAGACGUUCUGUCUGCGAUAUAUUGUCCAUUCUCAGACAAUCAAGUGAGAGGAAGGUUGUCUCUGUGAAUAAGCCUUUCACCAAGGACUGUGCUGAGUUAUAUCCUUCAAAGUCUCAGUCUGGUAACGAUAAUCAUAUAAAAAAAUAUGCUGAAGAAUGCAGUGGAACUGCAAGACUGGAACUGAAACAAAAAGGGUCAGAGCAUGAUAGCAUGAUUAAGGUUAUAAAAUCUGAAGCUGUUGAAGUCGUAAUAAAAACUGAAAAGCAUGCGAUUCCUGAAAAUGGAAGAGUACGUCAAGCUAGAUCUUCUAGCUUUCAUCUCAGACCACAAACAGUGAACUUUAAAUCUCCUCUCCAUGAUGUACGUUCUUCAUCUAUGGAGUCACAUGCAGCAGCCGCUGCUGCAGUGAAUGCUGAUAGCCAAAGGGAUGUCGUAUCUGAAUCUCUCACCAGAACAUACGAUAAUCAAGAACUUGAAAACAUAUGUCCAUGUGAAGAGGUCGUAACUGAAUCAAAUGCUGCAUUAGCAAAUGGUUCGAGCUCCAGUAAAUUACCUGAGCUGCAGGAAGACAAGAAGGGAAGCAGUUCUAGAUGCAACGUUGCUUCUACUACGUCUGCAUCUCGUAAUCUCAAAGAGACAAGUCUCAAGACCAAGGAUAUGGAUGAGAUCCCGAGUUUUGAUCUUGGAUUUUGAAGCUGCAAAUUAGUUAUUUUACCAGAUUCUCGACACAUUCCAAGAAAUUCACUUCCUGAUCAAACAUUGACAGAAGAAACUCAAUUCUUCUCUGCAAACUCUAAACCUGUUCAAGCAACAUGCAAUCAACUAUCAACUAGCUACAGUGUAGCAUAAGCAAGGAACCUUUUAUUACAACCAUAACUUUGAAUUUAUAUAGCCGCCUUGAAAAGAAAUGUAUGGUGCCCAAAAGAGGAUUCUAUCUAUCUAUCUAUACAUCGUUUGCAGCUUAUGAUUC